AGCUUCCAGAUGACAACGUUAAAGAAGAAACGCAACCAGGCAACCUCCACUGGACAGAACAGUACGAAGUUUGGUAAUAAUCCUCCAUUGACAUCCAGCACUUGAGCCAGACUUUCCCACUGAAAUAUUAAUUAUACUACAUUACUCUACUCUAACCAGAAAGCCUCUGUCCCACCUCAACUGCCUCCCUCCCUCUCUCUCUGAUCUCUGAGAUCUGAGAGGUGGCCAUUUGCUCCACCUUCGCCCGUUCUUUGCAAGUUUCUGUAUGACUGUGUGUGGACUAUUUCAGAUGAAAUUUAAUCUGGAAUUAUAAGCAACGUUUAUUGAAGAGUGUUAUUCUGGUUCUUCUACCUCACAUGGAGAUCUCUAAGUUCUUCCUAUUCCAGAGCUCAUGUUUUCAGCAAACAGUUGCUUGGGCUCCUCCUGUCUCUUUCACUAGACACUGUUAUGGGUUAUUCCAUUAGUUACCUUCUCAUUGCUUUGCCAUCAAUAUAUGUGGGUCUUCUACAAAUCAACCUCCGUUUAUUCUUGCUUCAAGUUAUUAACUUUCAAAAUCUGUAAUUUUCUCUCUUAUUUAUUACAACUGAGGGGAUUGUAUUGAGACCCGGAGAUUAUUGGUAUGGGAUGGGGCUGUUUCGGUCAUCCAUUCUUUUGCUGGUGAAGCUCUGCAUCAUUGGCUUUGCUUUGGGAGUCCGGGGAUCUACAGAUUUUGCUGUUUCCCCAUCCCCAGCAACCAUGCCAGUGCAUUCUUCUCCCAGAAAGUCAUGGGGACAAUUGCCCCAUAUACAGCAGCUGUACCAAAUGGGCCUUUGCUGCACCAUUCAGUUACAUUAUCACCUCCCACAAUUCCAUCGUCAAAGAAGACAAUUGGGGCCGAGCCAUCUGCAUCACCAAGUGCAAGUGCGACAAUAUCACCACCUCCAUCAUUAAAGGUUGUUCCUCCACCCUCAACUGAGCCAUCUGCAGCACCAAGUACAAGUCCUACAAUAUUGCCACCUCCAUCAUCUAAGGCUGUUCCCCAACCGUCAACUGAGCCUUCUGCAUCACCAAGUACAGGUGCUACGAUGUCGCUGCCUCCAUCAUAUAAGGUUGUUCCUCCACCCUCAUCCCAGUCAUCUGCACCACCAAGUGCAGCAGUAUUACCACCUCCAUCACAUAAGAUUGCUCCUCCACCCUCAACUUCACAAGUUCAAGUGCCACCAUCAGUACAACCAAGUCCGCCUCAAAGAAUAGAACCUGCUUUGACACCUCCAGUCUCAACACCCAAUGUCCCUGCCCCCAUUGCAACACCUUCUGUUGACAUGCCUAAACAUUCACCAGUUGGCCUGCCGAUUGAAUCAGAUUUACCACCUAAAAGGAAUUCAAAUCGAAGUCACAACAUGGAGCCAAUUUCACCAUCCCCAGUUACAAUGACUCCUGUCAAUUGGCCCAAAAUCUCACCAGGCAGCUCACCAACUGAAGAUGGAAGUUUUCCACCUAUUAUUCACAAAAGGGAUGCGAAGAAAGGUCAUGCGCCAGAUCCAGCUUUACCAGCCCCUGCAGUACCUUAUACCAAAUUGCCAAACAGUUCACCAGUCAGCCAACCAACUGGACAUGGAAGUUUGCCUCCUAAUAUCCAUAGUAGGAAUGCAACCUCUCUUGCACCCCCUGCCAGUUUGCCUCAAAUUUCACCAGUCAGCCAACCAACUGGGCAUGGAAGUUUGCCACCUAAAGUUCAUAAAGGGAUUCCAAAUGAGGGUCACACCCUGGAGCCAGUUCCACCUGAAUCUGUGGCAUCCUCCCCAAGAAAAGUUCGACAUAACCCACCACUAGUUCACCCUAUUUCCCCAAGUUUAACUCCACCCAUAUUCCCUGCACCAGCUAUGUCACCAUCAAGGGCAUUUCCUGUUAACCCACCGUCUGUCCACCCCAUUAUACCAGCGUUAUCUCCAUCAGAAUUACCAGCACCCGUUAUCUCUCCUUCAUCAACUCCUUCCAGAAUCUUCAAUUGGAAAAAUGGUAGAGGACCAGUUGCUGCGCCUUUGUAUAAAACACCAAAGCCACUUCCAGCUGUAAUACAUUCCCCGGCUCUAGCCCCUGUUUCACACGAGCAUCACCAUGAAAGGAACAUAGUCACCAGUCCUGCUCCUGCAUCAUCAGAUCUAAUCUCUCCCACUUCAAUCAACCAAGGACAAGCAAUGCCUCCUUCAUUACUCCCAACAAGUGGACAAAGACAUUAUGCUCCACCGCCAGCAAACCCAGCAACUACAUUCUCUUUGCCACCAGCGAGCCAAGUCUCACAUGCUCCAUCUCCAUUGUUCAGAUUCGGCCCUCAUCCUGCCAAAAUACCAUUUCUUUCUCCUGAAUCAUCUCCUGGGUCUUCUUCCAAGAGCCCUAAGACACCGGUCCUGCCUAAAGUUCAAGCUCUUCCACCUCCACCUCCUAAUGAAGAUUGUUUAUCAAUUGUCUGCACAGAGCCUUAUACAAAUUCUCCCCCUGGAGCACCUUGCAGAUGUGUCUGGCCGAUGCAAGUUGGUCUUCGCCUUGGUGUUUCUCUUUAUACCUUCUUCCCUUUGGUUUCAGAACUGGCUUCUGAAAUCUCCACUGGGGUUUUCAUGAAGCAAAGUCAAGUUCGCAUAAUGGGAGCUAAAUCAGCUGAUCAGCAACCAGAGCAAACUGAUGUCCUAAUAGAUUUGGUUCCACUUGGGGAAAAGUUCGAUAACACUACAGCUUUUUUGACCUCUCAGAGAUUUUGGCAUAAACUGGUUGUUAUAAAACCUUCCUACUUUGGAGACUAUGAAGUGUUAUAUGUGAACUAUCCAGGCUUGCCGCCAUCACCUCCUUUACCACCAAGCAUGACAAUGAUAGAUGGUGGCCCAUAUUCUAAUGGCAAUAAUGGAAGGACGAUAAAGCCCAUUGGGGUGGACAUACCAAAAAGGCGGCAUAAAAACGGACUUAGCGGCAGCAUGAUUGCCAUUAUUUCACUUUCAGCCUUUGUAGCUGUUCUUUUAUGCUCUGCUGCUGCAUGGGUCUUGCUGUUCAAGCGCAGAGAUCAUGUAUCUCAAGCAGCAUCAACUCCACGGACUUUGCCACCUUCUCUUUCCAAGACCCCAGGCACUGCUGGGUCAUUGACUGGAGGUGGGACAGUUUCUGCAUCGUCAUUUCGAUCUAGCAUUGCAGCUUAUAAAGGUUCUGCCAAGACUUUCAGCAUGAGUGAUAUUGAGAGAGCCACUAACAACUUUCACACUUCAAGAAUACUUGGAGAAGGUGGUUUUGGGCGUGUUUAUAGUGGUACUCUUGAUGAUGGGACAAAAGUGGCUGUCAAGGUUCUAAAGAGGGAGGAUCACCAUGGUGAUCGUGAAUUCCUAGCUGAAGUUGAGAUGCUUAGCCGUUUACACCAUAGAAAUUUGGUCAAGUUGCUAGGCAUAUGUACAGAGGAAACAUUCCGCUGCUUGGUUUAUGAACUCAUUCCAAAUGGCAGUGUGGAUUCCCAUUUACAUGGAGUUGACAGGGAGACCAAUCCAAUUGAUUGGGUUGCCCGCAUGAAGAUAGCUCUUGGUGCUGCACGUGGUCUGGCUUAUCUGCAUGAAGAUUCCAGUCCCCGUGUAAUACAUAGGGACUUCAAGUCUUCCAACAUCUUGUUGGAAGAUGAUUUUACACCAAAAGUAUCUGAUUUUGGACUGGCUCGAAUAGCAACAGAUGAGGAGAGCAGACACAUAUCAACACGUGUCAUGGGAACUUUUGGCUAUGUGGCUCCAGAGUAUGCCAUGACUGGGCAUCUAUUGGUAAAGAGUGAUGUUUACAGCUAUGGUGUUGUUCUCCUUGAGCUUCUGACUGGAAGAAAGCCAGUAGACAUGUCACAACCUCCUGGUCAGGAGAACCUUGUCGCAUGGGCGCGUCCUCUGCUGACAAGCAAAGAAGGACUCGAAGCAAUAAUAGAUCCAUCUCUGGGACCUGAUGUGCCUUUUGAUAGUGUGGCUAAAGUUGCAGCCAUAGCUUCAAUGUGUGUGCAGCCAGAGGUAUCAAACCGUCCUUUCAUGGGAGAGGUUGUUCAAGCUUUAAAACUCGUAUGUAAUGAAUGUGAUGAAGCAAAAGAAGCAUUUUCAAGAAGUUCUAGCAAGGAUGAUUUGUCUGUUAAUUUGGAUAUGGGAGUCAGUACUGUUUCUGGACAGCAACCAGGUAACUUCCAAGGACAACACUUUGCUACCAACUUGGACAACGGAGUAGACAUUGAAAGAGGGUUAUCAGCAUCUGAAUUGUUCAGUUCAUCGGCAAGGUUUGGGGGGCAAGAGUCCGGCUCAUUUAGAAGACACUCCUAUUCAGGCCCUUUGAGGACUGGAAGAAGCAGACGGUUAUGGCAUAUGUUUAGAAGGCUUGCUGGUGGCAGUGUCAGUGAACAUGGAAUUAUGUACAAGUAAUGACCAGUCUGACAUUGAACCAUUGCAUAUUCUGAAGUCUCCGUGGAUCUCUCUCCCUUGAUUCGUUAGCCUGCUUUAUAAGCGCAAUCUGGCGACGGACGUUUCCUCCCCUGCCUUGGCCUUUGAAGGAGUGACAUGGGAAUUGAUAUAAACUGUAUACAAGAUAUUCCAUGCUUGCUGUAAAGAGGAGAAAACAGUGUGAAUCUAGCUUGAUGAGAAAGAUGAGAGAAAUCUUUUGCUUGCUUAACUGGUAACUCCAUUCUCCACUGCUCCGUACCAUAUGCAGUUGCAGAACUAAUAAAUCUGGGUCAAGAAAUUUCAAGUUUUGAUUUUUGAAUAGUUUCUGGAUACUAUUUGUACCUUAUAGGAGGGAGAAAUCUCUGAUUAGUUUUGUAGAACAUUGUGGAUCAUGAAUGCAUUAUUGCUAACCUCA